GUAUGUAUGUAUGUAUGUACAUGCUAAGAAUCAUUAAACUAAGGAUAAGAUAAAUAAACACAAGAUUGUGACUAUAAAUACACAAGCAUAUAUCAUGAUAAGGUAAGAUAUGCAUGCAUGUACAGAGUAAUGAAAUGAAGAGGUUGUCUUGGAAGCACAUGCAGUUGUUUUCAUGUAGAGCCCCCCAUGAAUUAAAGCCUUAAACAACUUGUCUGCCAUGUCUAACAGAAUCUCAUCGUCAUCCUCCUUCGUUAAUUAAUUUCCUGCCCAUAUUAUUUGUAGGCCAAACUGUUUGUUCGGAGGCCACUUUCACCAUGAAGAAUAUGAGGUCCUAUUUAUAGUAGUUGUGUUCUUCUUCCUUCUUUCUUUCUCCUCUUUAGUUUUCUAAACAUGGCUGGCAUGUUACCUGGUGUUGAGUGUGCCCGGAGAAGAAGGUUUCAUCAAGGCGGCUCUUCGGACUCUUCAAUGGGUUCUCGCCGUUCAUCUUUUUGUUUAUACACUACUAGCCAUGAUAGCCAUCUCAACUCCAACUCCAACUCUAAGCAAAGGAGUGGUUCAUUGAACAAAGAGUUUCAUGCUUUGGCACUUGGAAGUAUUGCAAGAGAGGCUAAAGAGAGGUUGGAUGAGAGAUUGAGAGCACAAAGAACCUCAGAGAUAAAGAGGUAUAAGAGUAUGGAAAGCAUAAAGAUUAAUAAGAAUGAAAGUGGGAGUGGAAGUGUUCAUAGAGAGGUGUUUUGCUCAAAGAAAAGUGCAAGGAAGUUUAGUUGGAUGAAGUUGGGAUGGAAAAGGUCAGAAGAAGAUGAGUGUGUGGUGUGCUUGGAAGAGUUUAAGAGAGGAGAUAUACUUGUGCAUUUGCCAUGCUUGCAUAGGUUUCAUUGGACUUGUGUUGUUCCUUGGAUUGAGGCUAAUUCUCAUUGUCCUUGUUGUAGAACUAGUGUUUCCCUUGCUUCUCUUGAAUCUUGCUGAGCUUAUUUAUUUUAUUUUAUUUCU